AUGCACUUUGCCAAGAAGCACAAGAAAGGCCUGAAGAAGUUGCAGACAAACAACGCAGAGGCCAUCAAGGGCCUUGUGACGCCUGAGGCCGUUAAGCCAAAGAUGCCAAAGGGCCUCAGCUGCAAGCUCAGCUGUCUGGCUUUCGUCGUCGCUCACCCCAAGCUUGGGAAGCAGAUUCGAAGCUACAUGGCCAAGGGUCGUAGGCUCUGCCAACCAAAGCCCAAGGUUCAAAGCAAGGCAGAAGACACAGCUCCAGCUAAGGCCCAGACUUCAGCCCCAGCUCAGGCUCCCAAAGGUGCCCAGGCCCCUGUGAAGGCCCCGUAG